AAUUCAAAACUGUCGUGAACCGGAAGUAGAAGAACCGUUAACGGGGUCGCUUCAUGUGCCGACAACGUGUUUGUAGAGUUACAGAAAACAGAUUAACGCCGUCAUGACGUCGUUGGCUCACCAGUUGAAGAGGCUCGCGCUGCCUCAGAGCGACCCGACCCUGCUGACUCGCAGAGAGGUCGCCUCGCUGCUGUUCGACCCCAAAGAUGCUGCGACCAUGGACAGAAGCACCUUCUACGCCCUCGGCUGCACAGGGCUGGAGGAGCUGCUGGGAAUCGAACCGGCGUUCCUGGAGUUCCAGGACACUCUGUUCAGUCGGGCCUCGCUGACCCUGGAGCGCAGCGUCCAGUCCAAAGAGGUCAAUGAGAAGCUGGACGCCGGCAUCUCGCUCUUCCUCACCCGCCUCUCCCCGUACUUCCUUCUCAAACCGGCUCACAAGUGCAUCGAGUGGCUGCUUCACCGUUUCCACGUCCAGCUGUACAACGCCGACAGCCUGCUGGCCUGCGCUCUGCCGUACCACGACACCAACGUGUUUGUCAGAGUCCUGCAGCUCCUCAGGGUCAAAGACGCCACCAACCGCUGGAACUGGCUACACGGCCUGCAGAAACCAGGUGUCCCGCUGUCGAGAGGAGCUCUGAUCACUCACUGCUACACAGACCUGAGCUUCAUGGACUUCAUCUGCACCUUGGUCACCAAAUCCAUCCAGGCGUAUUCAGGACACUCAGGAAGUUGCUCCCAGCUCAGAGUGAUCUUCUCCUUCUACGCCUCCACCAUCGUCCCCGCCCUGGACGCCGUGGACAAAGUGUCAGACACCAUCAUUUCCAAACUGCUGCCGUACGUCCAGAGGGGUCUGAAGUCGUCGCUGACCGACUACAAAGCCGCCACCUACAUGAUCGUGUGCCAGCUGGCGGUGAAGGUGGUGAUGGAGGCGAGUCUGGUCGACAGCCUCGCCGUGCACAUCAGCAAGUCUCUGGUCAAAGAACCGGUUCUGGCCAAAGAGGGUCUAGGCUGCCUCAUCGUGCUGCUGCAGAACCAGAAGGACGGAGCCGCUGGACCCAGAGCGUUCAGCCGCCUCUGCUCGAUGCCGGCGCUCGUUACCACGCUGCAGGCGAUGGCGGCGGUCCACGACGUUAGUCCUCUGCUGCGUUACCUGCUGCCUUACCUGGUGAGAUCAGAGCUUCACCUGUUGUUUUCUGUCUCAGGUGAGGCGCAGACGGACGAGCUCAGCGUGUUGGAGUCUAUCCUGAAGUCGGUGCCUCUCACCAAAGGCCUGGACCAGACUGUGGCCCGUUUGCUGUUGGACAAGUAUCUGAGCCAGACCGAGCUCUCUAUGGAAAACCUGUCCGACCUCGACCGGCGUCUGCUGCCUCUGGUUCGACUGUUUGAGUCCAGAUACUGUGGAGCUCUGGACGCCGUCCUCUCAGGUCAUGUGACCGACCUCAGCAGCUCCGAGCAGAAACAUCUGUUCCACCAGUUUCUGUCUCUGUCCAUGAGCAGCGGAAAAUACCAGAUUCUGGGCGACUCGGACACGUCGCUGCUCCUCAGUCUGAAACACCCUCAGCCGUCGGUCCGAGUCUCGGCCGUGGAGCACUUGAUGGGCGUCCUCACCUCCGGACAGCCUGGUCCAAGUCCUCAUGCCCACGUGUCGUCCCAGCAGCAGCAGAGUCUGGACGAGACCUUCCUGAAAGAUGCCGUCAUGGACCGUCUGAGGGACGACGUGGCGGAGGUCGUGGCCGCCGCUCUCAGAGUCCUGGAGGUGUUGUUUGAUGUUUUGGACCCUGAAGACACCGUGUUGUGUUUACUGUCGCUGCUGCACAGAGUGGAUCUGUCGGACGCUGAGCGCUGGCUGCCAGUGCUGAAGGAGGCGGUGCGUUUACUGUCCGACCCGCGGCUGGGAAAGGGGGAUGUCGAACGGGCUCAGAGAACGGGCUGGAGGCUGCUGCUCUUCCUUGUGAUCACCGCCACCGGGCCAGACUCGGCCCAGCUCGGCCUCGCCUCCUGCAUCGCCCGGUCCUCCGUCCUCGCCCAGCACCCCCUCACCUUCAACUGGGCUCAAGAGCUGGACGACGUGAUGAAGAGGAGCUCUGAACCCGGCUUCGUCGGUUUGGUGAACCAGCGUCUCGUCUCCACGCUGACCAAGAACCUGGCGAACAUGGAGCACUUCGCCAAACGAGACGCUUUGGAGAAGCUGGCUCUGUUGGUGGAGCAGCAGAAGGGCUCUGGCCUCAGAGAGAGGGCGUCCCGCCUGGUGCUGACCCAGACUCUGCUGCUCGGCCUGGGUGAGCUGACCGAGACCCAGCACCUGCUCACCGCCCAGAGGGUCUACAUGGUGCUGGAGGCCCCCCUGCUGGAGGUCACCAGGGAUGCCGAUGUCCAGGAAGCUGAGUGUCACAUGACCGUCGCCUUCUCCUUCUCUGAGGCUCUGACUCUGUACCUGAGCAGGUGUGGGCAGCGGCCAGGUGAACGUCUGGACAGAGAAUACAGCUUCGUUCUGAUCUCUCUGCUCAGAGACUUCAUCUCGUCUCUCAGGUGUCACGACGCCUCCUUCAAAGGUGAGGUGUGGUGGAACCCGGAGAAGAUGGACACGAACACCUGCUGUUACCUGGGAUUGAUCUGCCGCCUCUUCAGUGUUGUCAUCAGUGGCGCCGGAGACGGGCCGGCGGCCGGCAGCUUCAGAGAGCUGAUGAAGCUCCUCAUCCAGGUCCACCUGUGCGAGCCGGCGAUGCUCUUCAGGUUUCUGUGCGUGCUGUGGGGAUACGGCAGUAACCACGGCGACCAGCUGGACGUGAAGAUCGGCGCCGUGCUGCAGACUCAGGCCCUGUACGUGGGCCGAGCUCUGCUCAGCGUCCAGCCCGCCGCCGUGCUGAAGGAGCUGGCAGCCCCGGACUCGCCAGUGGUCCCGUCCCUGCUGUGUUGCCUCAGCUCUCCGGUUCGUGAGGUCAGGAGGGCGGCCCUCGGCGCUCUGCAGAGCCUGUCAGGAGCCGACGCCUCUCCCCUCCAGCCAAUCACAGAGAGGCUUCUGAGAACCUCAGAGGAGAUCGUCGCCGACCCCUCGUACCUGAGCUCGGCUCUGGGCGUCUUUCAUGACGAGUGUUCGUCCACUAAAGUGAAGACGCAGCAGAAGAAGCUGCAGAUGUCGAUGCAGCAGCUUCUGCAGACCAUCCAGACGCCUUGCUGUCCGUCCUACACCGCCGCCACCCUGCUGAGGGCGCUGAGCAACGUCAACGACCAGUCCGUCCUGUCCGCCCUGCUUCCUGUUCUCGAUCGGUUCCUGGAACAGAGCGGCCCCGACACCCCGACCCUGCUGCGGGCCGAGGUCCAGCUGAUGCACCUCGUCCUGGGGAAGUACAACGAGACGUCGGCUCCCCUGCUGGCCCAGGACCAGAACUGUCUGGAUCUGUUCGUCAGAGCUCUGAGGACCUCGUCCCAGCCGCACCCGGACAUACCCAGCUGCCAGAUCGUCGCUCUGGAACAGAUCACGAAGCCGUUCUUCUCGGUCCUCGGAGACGAGAAGGUGCAGCAGAAGCUGCUGUCGGUGAUGUUCGACCUGCUGGUGGAGAGCAAGAGUCCUCAGGUGGCCAACACCAUCAGCAGCGUCUUCAAAGGGAUCGCAGUCGACGGUCAGCUGGUGGCUAAUGAGCUCGCUCCACCGGAGAAACCCAAAGUCAGUGUGACGGUGCAGCAGACCCGCAGGAGCAAAAUCACACAGAGGAAACCUCAGGACAGUGGUGAGGCCGGUCCAGAGGGGGGCGCUGUGCCGUGGCAGAGAGUCACUCUGAUCCUGGAGCUGCUGCAGCACAAGAAGAAGCUGAAGAGAGCCCAGAUGUUGGUGCCGGUUCUGUUCUCCCUGCUCUCCAGGAGUUUGGAGCCGAGCUCAGGCGAUCAAACCAACAUGGAGUACACCAAACAGCUGCUGCUCAGCUGUCUGCUCAAUGUCUGCCACAAGCUGUCUCCUGAUGGAGGACCGGUGCCGCCCGACGUCCUGGAUGAGGAUAAGUUCAGUGUGGAGCUCGUGGUUCAGUGCAUCAGAGCGUCCGACAUGCCGCAGACCCACCACCACGCCCUGCUGCUGCUCGGCUCCGUCGCCUCCAUCUUCCCUGAGAAAGUCCUCCACAACAUCAUGCCCAUCUUCACCUUCAUGGGAGCGAACAUCCUGCGUCUGGACGACGUUUACAGCUUCAGAGUCAUCGACCAGACGGUUCAGAUGGUCGUACCUGCGCUCAUCAAGGCCCAUCAACUCCCUGAUGGUCAGUCCUCGGCUCACGUGCACGCCGUGGUGACGAGGAUCGUGCACGUGUUCGCAGACGCUCUGCCUCACGUUCCCGACCACCGGCGGCUUCCUGUCCUCACCCAGCUGAUGACCACGCUGGGCCCCGCCCGCUUCCUCUGGGUCCUAAUGCUCCUCCUGUUCAAGCUGCACACGGCGCACUCCGGCAGCUCCGUGAGUGAGAAGGAUGCAGCUCUGGAGAGAGACGUAGACUUCUGGAUUUCUCUGUGCUGUCAGUUCGAGGUGACCGACCAGCUCACCUCGCUCAUCAACAUCCUCAACUUCCUGCUGCAGCUGCCAGACGACAAAGACGACGCUCCGGUGAAACGCUUGGUCGGCCGGCGAGGAGCCAGGAAGAAGGAGGAGGAGGAGGAGGAGAAGGUGGAGGAGCUGAUCUUCAGUGUGGAGGCUCACAGCAGCAAAGAGCUGAGACACUUCAAGUUCCUGUCCGUCUCCUUCAUGGCUCAGCUGCUCGGCUCGGCCGGCUUCAUCGGGAAGGUUGCAGACGGUGGCGACGUCCUGGAUGAAUCUCUGCAGCAGCUGCAGCAGAGGCUGUUGGAGGAAAUCCUGCACUACAUCCACAGCGUGGCUCGCUGCGUAGAGGAGAACGCCGACAAACCCACCGCCAAGUUCUGGAGAGUUCUGCUCAACAAAACCUACGAUGUUCUGGAUAAGGUGAACGCCUUGUUGCCCACGGAUACCUUCAUCACAGUGAUGAGAGGUCUGAUGAAGAAUCAGCUGGCGUCGGUCAGGAGAAAAGCCAUGGAGCUGCUCAACAACAAACUGCAGCACAGGACGCAGUGGGACGAUCAACAGGUCACCGUGCUCUUACAGCUGACCGGAGACCUGCUGAGCAUCGUGGGUAAAGGUCGCAGUAAGGUGAUGGAGGAGGAGGAGAAGGAGGCGGAGCAAGCCAUCAACCGUCAGACGGCGCUCUACAGCCUCAAACUGCUCUGUCGCAGUUUUGGCUCUGACCACCAGGAGGAGUUCGUCCCCGUCCUGCUGCGGGCGGUGGAGAUCGUCAUGGCGACGGAGGAGGAGAAGAACGUGACGGGCAGCGCUCUGCUCUGCAUCGCCGAGGUGGUCGGAGCGCUCAAGGCCCUCGCCAUCCCACAGUUACCCAGGUUGAUGCCGGCGGUGCUGCACACGCUGACAAACAGGAAGGAGCUCCUGACCAAUGAGAUUUACCUGCUGAGCGCUGUCACUGCCCUCCACAGAGUCACAGAGACGCUGCCGCACUUCAUCAGCCCCUACCUGCAGGACACCACCUUACAGGUGUGUCGGCUGACUCGGCUGGUGGAGACCUCCCUCUCCUCCACCUCCUCCGCCCAGCUCUCUGCUCGUCUCGCCUCCCUCAGGAGCACCCUGGCCACUCAGCUGCCCCCCAGGGUCCUACUGCCCACCCUCACCAAGUGCUACAGCAACCUGGUUGUGGAUAAGAAGGGUCAGCUGGGGGCGCUGAUGAGCAUCCUGAAGGAGCACGUUGCUCACAUGGAGAAGGAUCAGCUCAGCUUCCACCAAUCAGAGCUCACCUCUUUCUUCCUCACCGCUCUUGACUUCCGCGCCGAACACUGCCAGGGUGAUCUGGAGAAGACGUCGGAGGUGGAGGGCUCUGUGAUCGACUGUCUGAUCACCAUGGUGAUGAAGCUGUCCGAGGUCACGUUCAGACCGCUCUUCUUCAAGCUGUUUGACUGGAGUAAAUCAGGCAGUAAAGACCGUCUGUUGACGUUUUACCGUCUGUGCGACUGCAUCGCCGAGCGGCUCAAAGGUCUGUUCGUCCUGUUCGCAGGAAACCUGGUGAAACCGUUUUCAGACCUGCUGCGACAGACCAACAGCUCCAAGACCGACGAGUCGUUGUUCGACUCGGACGGCGGCGGACAGAAGAGCGCUCUGCUGCUUCAGUUCAUCCUCGACUGUCUCCGUAAGAUCUUCCUGUACGACACUCAGCGCUUCCUGAGCAGAGAGCGAGCCGACGCCCUGCUGGGCCCGCUCGUCGACCAGGUGGAGAACCUGGCAGGUGGAGAACAGGUGUACCAACAGAGGGUGACCCAGCACCUGGUUCCCUGCGUGGGUCAAUUCUCUGUGGCUCUGGCUGACGACUCUCAGUCGAAAACCCUCAACUACCAGAUCCUCCUGAAGACCAGGCACACCGACGCCAAGGUGCGUUUCUCCUCUCUGUUGAUGUUGAUGGAGUUGGCGUCGAAGCUGAAGGAAAACUACAUGGUGCUGCUGCCAGAGACCAUCCCCUUCCUGGCUGAGCUGAUGGAGGACGAGUGUGAGGAGGUGGAGCAGCAGGUCCAGAGAGUCGUUCAGGAGAUGGAGAACAUCCUGGGAGAACCACUGCAGAGCUACUUCUAACACACACACACACACACAGUAUGAGACAGACACACAACAGGUGAGAAGUUCAGACUAGAAUUUAAAGUCAACACAGUUUAUCUCUGAUCUGAAGUCAGAUUUCUACUUUUUAAGUAAAAGAAAUGAAUAAAACACUGCGUCAGCUCCAUCUCUUUAUUUUGGUUGAUUUGAUUUUGAAGAGAAAAUAGAGCCUCAAAUAAAUCCGAUCCUUUCUUUACUGAA